AUGUUGAAAAUUUUUCGAAGUAAAUUUUUUUUAUUGCUGGCGAUUAUAAUUCAAAUUAUUGAUUGUCAAGGUGAGGUUUGUGUAGAUGGAUUGAUUGGAAAACCAGAUGAUCCUCGUUGGCAUCCUAUAGCAGGCAGAUUUGAAAUAUUUGCUGAAGUUGCUUUUAGUGAUGGAGCGUUCGAAGUGACACAGGCGUUCACUGCCGGUCGUGAUGCCAUAUUUGUAACCCUCAAUGGCGUUCCAUUUAGUCAUUACUAUAAUUUUGAAACAAAUGAAUAUUUUACAGUUUCAACAUUAAUUCUUGAUGGCGCACCAGUACCUCUGUGUCUUAAAUCCGUGAUUGAUAAUCAAUUUCCUACUAGUAAUGUGUCUGGCACUGUUCUCAAACCGUCUAUUCUGCUAGGAUAUGACUCAAAAAACAAGAUAAAUCCAGCAUGGGCAACACGUUUUGUAGGUGAAACGAUUUUACGUGGUAUACCUGUUGAUAUUUUCAUCGCCUGUUUUUAUGUACAAGACAUUCAAACAACAGUUGAAGCAACCUAUUACUAUAGUAAUGUGACCAAAUUUCAUGGUUAUCUGGGACGAAACACACCAAUUCUAUUACAAAUUGAUGUUAAAACUGUAGCUUUUGGUAAACAAGAAAGCUAUCAAUACAACAUAUUUCGAUAUACACCAUAUCCACGCCCAAAUCAAGAGAUUCGAGCUUUAGAAACACCAACGGGUUAUUUUUGUAAGAAUCGAAAUAGUACAAAACCAUUACCAUCAGAUCUUCCCGAACGUUUAUCGGUGAAUAGUGAAACUCAGGUGCCACAGCUCAAUAACACAAUUCUAAGUGGCCAUGAAUUAUUUGAUAAACAAGCGGAAUUUGUUCGUCUAGAUCUUUUUUUUGGUAGAUUGGGACAUUUUACCGAGAUACAUGAUUAUCGAACUGGUCUAAGCUAUCGAUAUGAACAUAUGACACAACGAUGUACAGUGAAUGAUAUUAAUGGUCAAUUUGACGGUGUACAAGUAGAAGGUCAACCAAACAUAGUUCGUAUGCGUGAUGGUUUAGAAUUCUUUCUACUUGACAAUACAACAUUUCAUUAUACUGGUGUUAGACACUGUCGUGAACGAGUUAACUGCCAUGUAUGGAUUGGUGAAAAAGCGUUAGAUGGUAACCGAAAAGGAACACAACACCGGGAAUGGUAUUGGGCAUUUGAAAUGAAUGGUGUAGAAUUACGAAAUUUGAUUCCAAUUAAAUUCAUUAUGACAGAUUUAGAUGAAAGAGGAAGACUAAUUAGCGCAAAUGAAAUAACCAUGUUCAACUUUCAUAGAAAUCCACUGACCAUAUUUGAAAUUGAUCAUACUUUAUCUGAAUGUUAUCGUGCAUUAGGACCAAAACAGGGUUAUAAUUAUGGUGUUGUCAAAUUUGUAAUCGCAAAUGAUAAAGAAUAUCCUGUUCAUAAAAAUAUUGAAUAUUUAACACUCACUAUUUGGCGAACAUUAACAUUGUUUUUACAAUUGAGACCAGUAAGAAUUAGUAACAUAGUUAUUGAUCAUGAUGGCAAAGAUCUAAUUGUAACAUUUCUACUAUUGGAUGUGCCGCCAAAAUAUGGACCAGUUGAACAUCCACUACAUGAACAUAGUUUAGACACAUUAGUUGAGCGUUUACAAACAUUAAUUAACGAUAAUACAUUAGCCUUUCGAGCUAAAUUUGAUACAAAAGAAGUUGAUUUACGUGCAAGAAAAAAUUCAUUAGAUGUCAUUUAUGUGAAUAACAAAUCGGUAACAAAAGCACAUGGACCACUCAUAACGGGUUUGUGGAUUGGAUUUUUGGUAUUGGGUUUACUACUUGGUGUAGGUGUAGCAUUUAUUGUUGUUAAAAAAUAUACCUAA